AUGCAGCAUCUGACCUACAGUCAUGGCAAAAAUCAUCAGGCCAAUUUGGCACAUCGUACCGCGAAACAAGUGAAGGAAGCACCGUGAGUUAUACGACCGAAAAAACCACGCAUCGAACCGAAAAAGUUCGCCAAAAUCGAUCGCCCCGGUUAUCAGGUGACGAAGCAGCACGAUCCGGAGAAUGGGCAACAGUCCUUGUCUUCCAAAGCGACUAUCCGGAAUUUACGGACGGUAUUGUACCGCGGCAUCGGUUUAUGCUCGUUUACGACCACCAUCGAAAAGAUCGACCACCAGUCAAACACGAGAAGACGAGCUUCCGCCAAUUUCCACCAUGAAACGAAUGGCGCUAGCAUCGGCGACAGCACGAACUGUCAGUGCUGUCAUCAAUGUCAAGCCAUUUUUCUCCAAGGGACGCGCUGGAUGGUUGUUCGCGAAGUGUUUCUACUGUUUUUCCGAUAAUCACAACGUUUGCAACAUACAUUAUCAAAAUCAUGCCAGUGACAACACCGCCGGCGUAGGCGAGAGCAAGUGGUACCGGCGUCAACGAUUGCACCAGCUAGCGCUGGAAAAGAUCGAUCUGAACCAGGAAAGAACGAAGCAGCAUCUGACCUACAGUCAUGACAAAAAUCAUCAGGCCAAUUUGGCACAUUGUGCCGCGAAACAAGUGAAGGAAGCACCGUUGGUUAUACGACCGAAAAAACCACGCAUCGAGCCGAAAAAGUUCGCCAAGAUCGAUCGCCCCGGUUAUCAGUUGACGAAGCAGCACGAUCGGGAGAAUGGCCAACAGUCCUUGUCUUCCAAAGCGACUAUCCGGAAAUUACGGACGGUAUUGUACCGCGGCAUCGGUUUAUGCUCGUUUACGAACCACCAUCGAAAAGAUCGACCACCAGUCAAACACGAGAAGACGAGCUUCCGCCAAUUUCCACCAUAAAAUGAAUGGCGCUAGCAUCGGCGACAGCAUGAACUGCCAGUGCUGUCAUCAAUGUCAAGCCAUUUUUCUCCAAGGGACGCGCUGGAUGGUUGUUCGCGAAGUGUUUCUACUGUUUUUCCGAUAACUACAACAUUUGCAGCAUGGAUUACCAAAACCAUGCCAGCGACAACACCGGCGGCGUAGGCGAGAGCAAGUGGUACCGGCGUGAUCGAUUGUGCCAGCUAGCGCCGGAAAAGAUCGAUCUGAACAAGGAUAUCUACUAAGAUCCAACGAGGGCAUCAUCUGUCCCACACGCGGGGUGAAAAGCAUCAGGCCAAUCUGGCUCAUCGUGCCGUGAAAGAAACAAAGGAAGCACCGUCGUUGAUAUAACUCAGAAAGAUACGCGUCGAUCCGAAAAAGUGUGUUAAGAUCGGUAGAGCGGCUUCGAUUUAUUUCCGCUUACGAUCUAAACAAGGAUACCUACUAUCAUGCAACCAGGACAGCAUCUGUCCCACACGCGGAGUGAAAAGCAUCAGGUUAAUCUGGCACGUCGUGCCGUGAAAGAAACGAAGGAAGCACCGCCGUUGAUAUAGCUGGGAAAGAAACGAAUCGACCCGAAAAAGUGUGUUAAGAUCGGCACCGCGGCAUCGGUUUAUUUUCGCUUAGGUACAAAAGAUCGUAACUGGACCGUGCCACUGAAAGAAAAUCACAAAACGAUUUUUCCUACAGUUUUUCUUAACGCCGGAAGCGAAGAAAAUUCCGCCACCGAAUGAGCACCGUAAGCUGAUAUUUAAUCCGGUUCCGCCACCGCCGACAUAUAUAAAGCGAGUGCAGAUUGAUUUAGGUCCGGAUGUGGAUGUAAAACUGAUGUAAAAUCAUAAUUUACAAUAAUAAAAUGGUUGUAUGUUUGUAAAUUU